ACAGAGGUCAAGCCCGGCUCCGCACUAAUGUUAGCACGUACUUCAGUUGGGACUUAUUUUGUUCCGUGUUCAAACGAUUCACUCUGUGUUUGACAGAGCUCUACCACAGAGACGGGAGACCACCAGGCUGUGUUACAAAGACCCAAGUCCGACAGCUAGCGUCACCAUGGGUACUGAGGUCAAGGCUAUUGUGGUGGGCGACGCAGGAUGUGGGAAGUCAUGCCUGCUUCUCCGGUUCUUAAAGGGUCACUUCAUCACCAACGAUGAAGCAGGGUCCACCUUUGAGACGGGCACUUCCACCGUCUUUGUGCAAGGGCAGAAGAUAGAACUGAUGGUAUGUGACACCGGCGGAAGCAGCAUGUUCGACAGCCUGCGUCAACUGUCCUACAACGACGGGGACGUGAUAGUGAUAUGCUACUCCAUCACUGACCGAGACUCGCUGCAGAACGUGUCGGAGAGAUGGCGUCCAGAGAUGCUGAGUCAUGUCACCUCUGACCGCCCGAUCGUCCUCGUGGCAACGAAGAAGGACCUUCGAGACUCCGAUCUGUCUUUCAGCAGCGUCCGUGGCAGCGACAAGCUUCAUCAGGAGCCGGUGACCACCCUUGAGGGUCAAGAGAUGAGGGAAAAGCUGGACGCCGUGGACUUCAUUGAAUGCUCGGCAAAACAGGACGACGGUGUGCGCGAGUUGUUUCAGAGAGUGGCCGAGGUUGGCCUGGAGUCUAGUAGGUCACGGCGAAAGAAGAUUUGUCGGCAGUCGUGAAAAGGAUGGAUGGGACAGCGGGCAGCGCAGGCGUACAACGAAUAGAGAGUGACACCAUGGUUAUUCGAUGUUCUUAGAUCAACGACAAUAUAUAGUGUGUUCGGGACAAACGGAGUGUCGAUGAUAGACCAGUAUUUGUGUUUCAAUUAAUGAGGAGACCACAAAACAAUAUAAUGUUUGAAUAAAAAAUAGUUCUUUAACGUCAUCUUAA